AUUACUGUGAAAACACGUUUCAAGAGUCAUAACAUUAUUUGAAAUGUUAUUAACUAAGUUCAGACUGGGAAUAAUUUUAAUAAAAGGACUUUAGUUCUUUUGUGUUUAUAUAAAAUAUUAUUAUGGACGUGUGCGUUAAAAUCAACAUGUCGCAAAUAUUAAUCAAUGUGUAGAAGUUUCUUAUCAACCAUAAUAAGAUAAUGAUUUUUCAAUCUGAAGGUCAUAAAAAAUAAUUGUAUACAUGGCUGUAUAUUAAAGAUACAAAAUAAUUCUCUAUAUGUAUACAACUACAGUUAAUCUACGCAGAGAAGUAGGGUUUUUAGUUGAUAUUUCGUCAGCUGUAAUAACGCAAAUUGGAUAUUAUGAAGCAACUGAAAAAUCACAAUAUCUAUGGCCAAUUGAAGAUAGAUUUGUUUGUAUAGCCUUCAAUAAUGAUAUCGCCUUACAUCUAGAAUUAAUAAUUUUAGAUAACUUUACAGCAUAGACGGAACUGUAGUGUUUAUUUGAAUGUAUACCAAUCUUAAUGAACAAAUCUAAGAUAACUUCAAAGCAUACACAGAACUAGAGUGUUUAAUAACAACCACAAAAAUUGUGAAGGUUGAUCAGCGUAUGAACAGUGUUGCAAAUAAUGCAUUAAUAAAAUAACUGAAUUAACAUUUGAAUUAAAUUUUUUCCUUAAUUAAGGAUUAAAAAAGUAAUUUGUUUUAGAAUUAACAUUUUUUCGCAUUUGCGUACUUUGUGUUCUACCAUUUGGAACUAAACCUCGCACAGAGGCAUCCUCAUUAAUACGCUAGAGCACUGGUUUACAAUCAUAAACUCAGAUUACGCGUUCCAAUGUAACCAACCACGUAGUUAUUAAUACGCUGGCAAAAUUUGUAUUAAGAUUUUUUUUAUAAAGUGAAACAACUUUGGAGUUUUUUAAAAAUCCCCAUGUAACCUGCUAAGUUUUUCAAUAAGAAAAAAAGGCAAAAAGGAAACAACGCGGCUUAGUGUGCUAUGUGAGGAAAAUAAAUAAUGGAAAGGGCCGUUAUGGAAUAAUUACUUUCACUUACAUACUUUUUCUGCUGAAAUCCACAGAGACUACUUACAGCGACAGAGUACUUCUGUUAUUUCAUAUCAAUUUAUAAAAUUAAAGUUCAUAGAAAAACAUUAUAUUAAAAAAAUUACCUUAUUUUAAUAGAUUUUAAUUUCUAUUUAGUUGCAAGACAUCAUGAAAAUGUAUGAUUAAAAUACUAAAAACAUUCAUAUGGCGUAAUUAUGAGUAACCAUUAAUUGCAUAACUCCUACAAAAGACAAUAAACAAGUUUUGUAUCGCGAGACUGUUUAUAGCCAAUAAUUUUCAGAUAAAAGUGCAUAGCAUUUAAAUUUCUUUAAUUAUAUAUUACUAUAAUCAAAACAGCUUCAGUGUAAAACAUUCCACCACAUAGUAUGGCCUCGGUCGCCGCUUGGCUGCCUUUUGCACGGGCGGCGGCCAUCGGUUGGGUUCCAAUUGCUACACACCCAUUACCGCCUCCACCCAUACCAAAAGACCGUCGUAAAACUGACGAUGAAAAGCUUUUGAUUAAUGUUUCUGGACGUCGUUUUGAAACGUGGCGAAAUACGCUUGAAAAAUAUCCAGAUACGUUACUGGGAUCCAAUGAACGUGAGUUCUUUUACGACGAGGAUUGUAAAGAAUAUUUCUUUGACAGAGAUCCAGAUAUUUUUCGUCAUAUACUUAACUAUUAUCGCACAGGAAAACUUCAUUAUCCCAAACAUGAAUGCCUCACGAGUUACGAUGAAGAAUUGGCAUUCUUUGGUAUUAUGCCCGAUGUAAUUGGGGAUUGUUGUUAUGAAGAUUACCGUGAUCGAAAACGUGAGAACGCCGAACGUUUGAUGGAUGACAAAUUAUCAGAGAACGGUGAUCAGAAUUUGCAACAGUUAACGAACAUACGACAAAAAAUGUGGCGCGCAUUCGAAAAUCCGCAUACUUCUACAGCGGCGUUGGUGUUUUACUAUGUAACUGGAUUUUUUAUCGCUGUCUCUGUAAUGGCCAAUGUUGUAGAGACAGUUCCAUGUGGCCAUAGACCCGGGCGCGCCGGUACUCUGCCGUGUGGUGAACGUUAUAAAAUCGUAUUUUUCUGCCUCGACACCGCCUGCGUUAUGAUAUUUACCGCCGAAUAUUUGUUACGUCUAUUUGCUGCACCCGACCGCUGCAAAUUUGUGCGCAGCGUAAUGAGUAUUAUUGAUGUUGUUGCUAUACUGCCAUAUUAUAUUGGAUUGGGCAUUACUGAUAACGAUGAUGUGAGUGGUGCCUUUGUGACGUUACGUGUCUUCCGGGUUUUUCGAAUUUUCAAAUUCUCACGCCAUUCACAAGGCCUACGGAUACUUGGCUACACAUUAAAGUCAUGUGCUUCAGAAUUGGGAUUUCUGGUAUUCUCACUUGCAAUGGCUAUUAUCAUAUUUGCAACUGUUAUGUUUUAUGCUGAAAAGAACGUCAACGGAACGAAUUUUACAUCUAUUCCGGCUGCUUUCUGGUACACAAUAGUAACAAUGACAACACUGGGUUAUGGUGACAUGGUGCCUGAAACUAUAGCUGGAAAAAUUGUUGGUGGCGUUUGUUCUCUCAGUGGAGUACUUGUGAUCGCUUUACCUGUACCAGUUAUUGUAUCAAACUUUAGCCGAAUAUAUCAUCAGAACCAGAGAGCUGAUAAACGAAAAGCACAGCGGAUCGCUUCGUUUCAUGCUGGCUUUGUGAUGGGCUUGCCAUAUUAAAGUGCUGGACAAACAGAUAGCAUCUUAGAUUCUAUUCUCGACUGUAAAGGAUUGUGUUGGUCCUGUUUAAAGUAUAUAAGCAGACACGCAAUGGGUUUAAUGAAAUCGGACGAGAUCUUGAAACUCUCACCAAAAAUUUAGGCACUACAAACUGUUCAAAUAUUUUAAGUGCCUGAAUGAUUCUCACGAAUCCUCCAAACCAGCUCCUAAGCGUUAACGUCCUUCCGAUGAAGUAAUGCUUAGUUUUUUUGUGCAGAAGAGUACGUCUCCUCCAAUUCACCUUAUAAAUCUCUUUCCUCCUUGCCCUCAAAGUGAUAAGCCGUCAACUUCCAAAGAGCUUAAUUCCCCUAAAGCUCUAUAUAAUAGUAGUAAGUGUCUCACAAUUCCAGAUUCUCUCCCUAUUAACUUAGUAGCAUCUGUUAAAAAUUUGGUGGUUAUUCUAUAUAUCUUUCUAUAUUUAUUUCUAGUCUUGCCAAGGAUACCUCGGUGGAAGAAAAUUAGUCCUACAUUUCGUCGCGUUUAAAAAUUGGUGAUAUCAAUAUCCAAAAAUUUAACUUCGGUUAUGAUAGAAGUAUAUCAUCGUUUAAAAUAGACGUUUCUUUUGAAAACUUCAAAAAGAUCUUAGAUAGCUCAUUCUGUCCCUCGGGGCUUUUGUGUGCGAAUUUAAGCCUAAACUCAUAUCUGAGGAAAACAUUGUUAAAUUGCCAAAAGCAACCAGCGAUAUAGAAAACUGACUGGUAGAAAUGCGCUAAGCAUUUACUAUCAAAAUGUUAGAGGUCUUAAUACAAAAUUAACCGACUUGUAUUAAAACAGGUCCAAUUUUAAUUUCCAAAUAAUUACAAAUAUUUAGAUGUGAUUGACUGAACAGAAUUGGAGGAGGUGUUCUAUUUGACGUGCAUUCCUCUAUCCAAUCUGAAGAUGUUCUCGUUCCAGGAAUCGACUCAUUUGAACUUUAAUAUAUUAGAGUCUACGUUAAUAAUUGCUUUAUUCAUCCAACCCUACCUUAUAUACCACCCCAUUCGGACUUAUCUGUAUACAUGCAGCAUGCUUCUUUAUAAAUAGUGCUACCUCGAAGGCAAAUAAUGCAGAUUCAAUAAUCGUUUUAGGAGAUUUCAAUUUACCGUGUGCUUCGUGGAAAGCAUUCGAUGACUAUAUCGUACCGAUUCGCAAUCGGUCAUGUUUUAAUGAGUUUUUUUUUUUUAAAUGUCCGAGUUGGGUCUGAACCAAAUUAAUUUGAUUCCGAAUAAGUUUGGUAAAUGCUUAGAUUUUGAAUACGUUGAUACCUCUUCAAAGUGGUCCGUUAUUCAGAGUAAUCCUCUUGUUUUACCAGAGGACUCGUAUCAUUCUGCUUUGGAAGUAUCUGUCGAAAUCAAAGGCAAUGUAUGGGAUAGUAAACAUCAAACUUCUAGCUUCUGCGCUCGGUUUAACUUUGCAAAAGAUAAUCUUAAAAAGUUAAUGGUGAUAUUGAAUUUAGUGUCUCGUAUUUUAAUAACAUUAUUACGAAAUUAUUCGGAAAGUAUGUUUCAAUAGUAAUUGUUAUUAAAAGUUUAAAUAUAAGGCCGUGGUUUUCGAAAGAGUUAUAUAAAUUGAAAAAACAGAAAAACUCGACCUAAACAAAAAAUGUUAUAAUAAUUACUUAAAUAAAGUAGAAAAGAAUAUUGUAAU